AUGGAGAGAAGAAUACAAGAACUUGAAGAACAGCAUGUUAGAGUUCAUAAGGAAAUGUUACAAACGCUCGACGAAUUGUACCUAGCUAAACUCGGUAGUACUUCCUUAGACAAGGAAAAGAGAAGAACAGCUGAGGUUAGACGUCAAUUGCAAAUGAGUUUAGAGAAAAGCGCUGUCAUUCUCAGAGCAUUAGAAAGGUUGGGGAAGCAGAAAUCCGGCACCGAUGACAGUGAUUCGACUACUGAGGGUCUACUUGCGCAAAGAUUAGGUAAACUCAUGGAUACAAACUAUAAAUUAGAUCAUACUGUGAGCACAACGCUCUCAAGGCAAAUUGAACUAUCCAAACAAUUGAGAAAUGAAAGAAAAACUUAUGAUACCCUUGCAAAUCAGUUACGACAAGUCUCCUCGCAGUUACAAGCAGACAAAUCUGCAAGCGAGAUACAACAAGAACCAGAACCAAUAUCUCUACUGCAAGAGGACCCGCAACUAGAGCGAGAAAACGACACUAUAGAACAGCUCCUUAUAGCUUUGAAAGUGUUCGGCGGUUAUGAUUUUACAACUUGA